GGACACAAAGGAGAGGCCAGCCGCGGACGCGGCCCGCGGCCUGCGUUAUCACCACUCGGUCGGCUCGCUCGACCCGCGACGGACGUCUCGCGCCUCGCUCUCCGCUGUGACUUGUGAUCGGAUUUGUGAAACUGAAACUUGUGCACGUGUCGCGCAUAGCGCACCCCGCAUUACUUUUGGUUGUUCUUGUGUAACUCCGCAACAACGGCUGGACUGACAAAAAUUGUAAACACAACCCACGUGACGCCGGCUCGCAAGAAGCGAGACGGUAAAAUGGCGACGAAAGGCAAACGUCCGAUGCGCGCGUUGACGCCAGGCGAUAAGAUCGAGGCCAUCCAGCGCGUCAACGACGGCGAGUCCAAGGCGUCAGUGGCACGCGACAUCGGCGUGCCUGAAUCCACGCUGCGCGGCUGGUGCAAGAACGAGGACAAGCUGCGCUACAUGACCUCACGCCUCUCCUCCCCUGACACCGACAAGAGCAACGACGGCGAGCCGCCCGACAAGCGCGCGCGCACAGAGUCCCCCGCCGCGCCCCCCUCACCCGCCACCGCCGGCCUCGACCUCACCACACCCACAUCGUCUGCGCCGGUCACCCUCCCCCCGCUGCAGACCACUCCGCCGGCCGAUGCACCGGUGGAACUUACCACCAAGCGCGCCCAGUCCUCCCCUACCCCGCACGUGCCACGCGAACGCCGCCCGGACCCCGGGGCCAGCGUCUCCAUGAGUGCUAUCAGCCCUCUAUCAGGACUAGCGCACUUGCCUGGCCUGACGCAUUCUCAUCUCGGUCUCAGUUUCAACGAAAUCGCAACCAAUUUAUCCCUACUUGCUCAAUUAAACCCGGGUCUCUCCACGCUCUCUGCUCAACCGGCUAGUCGCGCUCUGCGCUCUGUAAGAUCACCCAAACCUGCUCAUAACGGAGUACAUAACUUAAAUGAAACCAAGCAUAGGAGUAAAUCUCACCACCACUCGGACCCGUACCGGACGAGUUUAUCUAAAUCCAGUCAUCAUAGCACACCCUCAUCUGCUGGACAACCGGUAGAUGACACUCUUUGGUAUUGGCUAAAAACACAACAAGCUAUGCUGGACUUGACUGCGCAGACGACGACUGCCCACCAACUCCAACUGGGAAAAACUGAACCCGCCACACCGCCCAAACCGGUCGUGCCCGCAGCACCCAUCACCUCACAUUUAGAUUACAACAGAAACUCCUGGCUAUGGCAAUAUUACAAACAAUUCGGUGGGGCGAUGCCUCUUCCAGAAGACAAACACAAAUCAGCGUCUCAAGUGCCAAAGGAAAAAACUGCCGAAAAUAUUUUAUAUUCACAAUUGACAAAAGAAAGGAAGCCCGAAGAUGAUCAGGCCCUCACAUCAGUCCCAGUGCAAUCUCACGUUCACAGUGAACACGCGAACUCAAUUGAACCCAACCAUCCCAUAACCAAGGAGCCGAGACUGGCGGAGCCCGCCGUCAGUCCAGAACUCGGUACGGAAAACAAAGAGCCUCCCACGGACAGGAGCCAUGAGUCCGGGAGGCAACAGGCCAAAGCUCGCACCGUUUUAGACAAUUUGUUGUUUAACAACAGCAAUCAAAGCUCAGUAAAGGAGGUGAAAAGCGUGGAAGUGGAAAACUGCGAGUGGGAGUCUGGUGCGGCGGAGGCACUGGAGCACGGCGACAAAUUCCUGGCGUGGCUGGAGGCCAGCGGCGACCCGAGCGUGACGCGCAUGCACGUGCACCAGCUGCGCGCGCUGCUGCACAACCUGCGCGCGCGACGUGCCGCGCCCGCCGCACAGGACCACGACCACGCCGCGCGCCGCAAGUAAAGCGGACCUGCCUCCGCGCCGACCUACAGGGAUAUACUUCAAUUAUGUACAUAGUCAUGUCGUCGCCAGUAAGCGUUCACUUGUGAUAUGUGUAGCCAAAUCUGCGUAAUUUCUUUGUUCUAAAAGGAAAGCUAUGCAUUACUUUCUCUAAUUUAAGACUUAUUUAGAUGUAAUCGACGUCGACCGCCCACCGAGCGGGCGUCGACGUCUUAGUUGACUAUCUCCGAGUCUAUAACAGAUUUAAAUAUUUAAUGUGUAUUAAACGCUGUAAAAAUAAAUGUUAUCUGCAGUCGAUAUUACUUUCUGAUGCACACAACUGUUACGUGUUUAGGAUAUAAGUAGUUCAGCUGUAUGUUGCCAUUUUACAAUUACAUUCCUAGUUGUACCCUUACUAUAGUUUAUAGUCGGAUCCCCUAUGUUCUACCUCAAGUCAAACUUAAACUAAGUCACGACGUCCUGUCUGCCUGCACGGCCGGCGUUACCAUCGAUAACGUCUAGGUAACUUAUUACCAAUCUGUACUUACUCAAAGUUGGUGUAAAUAAAAUUAAAUAUAACGAUCGUUAUUGAAGAUGUCGUGUCGUGAAGGCUGAUUCACUAUUAUAAGACGCGAGGCGAUGUAUCGCAUGUCACAGCGACAAGCGAAACCAAAUACGAUAGGAUGCACUCUUCUGUGCCAACGCCAUAGUGCAAGGUAUAUUGUUAAGAUAUAAAUGAUCUAUUCCGUUAGCGCUAGGCUGUCGUUGUGUAAUUGUUUUCUAUUGCUCAGUAUUUUAUUGACAUUGUCAUGUCUCGACUCGGAAUUGUAUAAUACGUUAAAGUUAACAGUUAAGGACACUGUGAUCAAAAUUAUAAAUUAUUGAGAGAUUAUUAAUAUUGUAAGUACAUUCCUAAUUAAUAGAGUGUAUUAACGUUAUAAGAGAUUGUCCAAUGGUAGGGUCUGUUGCAAAAUCAUCAUUGCAUCUAAUAUGAAGGGCGAAAGUUCAAAAAUUGUGUCUCCUUUUAACCGAAGAUAGAAUUAUUGAUUUGCAUUUCAUGUUAAUUAUAUUAGCUGUACUUGAAAUUAUUCGAGAGAUGAUAUUUUGUACAAAAUUAAAAAUUUGGAUUAUUAAAUAAUUCUCUUGUCACAGAGUUUGUGAUCUCGAAAAUGUUGAAUAAUUAAACUUGAUUGAACUUUAAA